AUGCCCACCUCGACCGUGCCAUACGAGAUUCUGUUCGACUUUGUGAACGACACGGCUGAGCCGACGACGAUACGAGUGCUACGACAGGACAACGGGACGCGGACCGGCGCGGCGAUGCUGUUGCAUGGCGGCGAGAACCUCUCGCUCGUCCUCACCGCCGGGACGCCAUAUAAAUACGCGUUGGUGCAGGGAGGCACGGAGGCGAUACUCUCCGUGAAGGUCUGGCAGGACACGCAGUACUGCACUUCGACCGCGUUCAGGAGAUCGCGAUCUGGGGGAGGGAAGGCGGGCGAUCCGGGAAAGACGGCGAUACAAGGCGUCGCUGUCGUAUCAUUAGACCACCAUUAUACGAACGGCAGCUGA